GCCUAAUGUUUAAAGCACUGUGAUAAGGACUGCUACGAAAAAGGCAAAAAGCCCUCUACGGUCGUUCAAUUCUGCCACUUUGUUUUGACAGCUGUAGUCGGCAAAAUGUCGGCACACAAGACAUUUAUUAUCAAGCGGAAGCUUGCCAAAAAGCUGAAACAAAACAGACCCAUUCCACAAUGGGUCCGUAUGCGCACUGGGAAUACUAUCAGAUACAACGCUAAGAGGCGUCACUGGAGGAGGACUAAGCUCAAGCUGUAAGCCUGAUGCUUGUUAAUACAAUUAAGCUUAAUAAAUUCCCUUAAACAUCUAAA